AUGGCUUCCCUCGAGUUAACCCCUGUCUUCAAUGUCAACGUGUCGGUGUCUCUCCCGACUGGAAUGGGACCUGGCAAUGAAUUUUCUGACCUUACGGUUAUAAAUGGGGAAAAUGGAUACGUCGAGACGAUCGACGGGAAAACCAGGUUUGAGAUUACAUCAAUUUCUGACUGGCUGGUUCUGGGCCAGAAUCAAACCACUGCAACUGUGGAUGCGAGAAUGAGCUCGGUCGGCCCGAAGGGCAUCAAUCUAGACAUGCAUUAUCUGGGUAAAUUCAAACUCACCUCAAAGACGAACGAAGUGUUCGGUGGCACCCCCGGAGCAAGCUUUGAUUUUGGGGAAGAAUACUUAUAUGUAACUCCAAGAAUCUCGAGUCGAUCUGCGGAAUUUGGAUGGGUUAAUAAUUUUGUGUUUGUGGGUAUGGGGAAAGUAAAGACGGUCCGAGAAGGUGCUGGUAUUGAGAUCUCAUACCUCAUCCUCAGAGUCGGUUAA